AAAGGAGAAGGUGAUUGGUCCACGUCAUUAAAACGUGGUCAAAGAAAGAAGCGGAAGGUAAAGGGGCCACCACCAUCACCCAUGACCUGCACGAAGUAACCGUUCCUCCUCAACCGCCACUUCUCUCCUUUUAUAUAAACCCCUCCCUGCAGUCUGCAGAACCAUUUUCACUCAAGCACUCAAAACUAUUCUACUGACUAUAAAGAUGAUGAAAUCUCCACGGUCGACGACUUGUAAUCUACUGAUCAUGCUGUGCAUUUGUGCCGUGGUGGUGGCCAUGGCGGCGGAAGGUCCUAGGCUCUUCAAGGUUGGAGACGAGUUCGGGUGGAGAGUCCCACUCCAUAAUGAUACAGACGUCUACAGCCACUGGGCAAGCAGCAACCGCUUUCACAUCGGUGAUUCACUCUCGUUUGUGUACGACAAAGACUCGGUGAUGGAGGUGGACAAAUGGGGGUUCUACCACUGCAACAGCAGCGAUCCCAUUACAGCCUUUGACAAUGGAAACAGCACACUCAGUCUUGAUCGUCCUGGUCUCUUCUACUUCAUCAGCGGCUCCAACGAGCACUGCACUAGCGGCCAGCGUCUCAUCGUCGAAGUCAUGCAUAUCCACCAUCAUGACCAUCACGGCAAUGCUUCCACGGCUCCAUCCAUGUCCCCUCUCUCUGCCUCCCCCUCGGUCUCUGCUGCCUCCUCCCUGCUCACUCCCUCUUUCUUGCCUCCCUUUGCUGCUUUCCUUUUUCUGCUCCCCACCGUAGCUUGUAGCUCUUGUUUCAUCUCGUCUUAAUUAAUUAGUCAAAUUGUGGCCUCUUCUUCUC